CAGGCCACAGUCACUGGGCAGCCGGCUAACCCUCGGCCUCAUCCUCCCACUCUUCCCGGAUUCUGGAUUCCCGGACCUUGACUCGUACUCAUUUCCAGGGCGGAUUUGGGGAACUAUUGGGGAGGGCUUUUAAUUGGAAAGAAGACUUGCGGGAUUCGGACUGGACCUCCGGUUCUGAUCGAGCUCGGAGCGGCGGCGGGAAGCAGCCGCAGCAGCAUCUGUGAGCGGCCGCGGCUGCUGUUGCUAGGUUCGGCUGGAGGCAGAGAGAAAGAGAGAGAAAGAGAGGGGGGCGGGGAGAAGGGGAGAGGAGGCCAGAGAAAGCAGGCGGCUGUGAACCUCUUUUCCCCUCCCUCCGCCUGUUCUCCCCCCCACCCCCGCGCCCGGGCUCUCCAGCCUCCAGCUCCCGGGCAGUGGCCCUUUAAACGCUCCGCCCUCCGGUCGGGAGGCCGCGUCCUCGGCUAGAUCCCUGAAGGGUGCCGCUCUUUUCCGCCGUCUCCUUUUCCCGCGAAGGGGUUUGGUUGUUGCCAACUCCGGACUGUUGUGCUGGGUUAGCCGGUAGGCGAACCGGCCGAGCGCUACUGAGGACCUGGCGGCGGCUGAGCCGGGGGAAGAACGAGCCAGGGCCCGGCCAGGACGCAGGGACCCUUCCGGCCGCCUCUGUCCACUUGGUUUCUCGCCCUCCUGGGCUGCAUUCCGGGUCCGCCGAUGGAGCCGCAGCCCAGUGCCCGGAGCUGCCGGCGCGGAGCCGCCCCCGCGGCCCCUUGCGAACUGCUGGCGGCCGAACCUCCAAUGAAUCUGUGCAUCAACACGACCACGGGCGCCCGCUAUGAGCUCUCGGUGCCCGGCGAGGAGACGGUGGAAGGGCUCCGGAGGCGCCUGUCUCAGCGCCUCAAGGUGCCCAAGGAGCGGCUGGCGCUGCUCUACAAGGAGACACGCCUCAGUUCUGGGAAGCUACAGGAUCUCGGUGUGGGCGAUGGCAGCAAGGUGACGCUCGUCCCCACGGUGGAAGCUGGCCUCAUGUCCCAGGCCUCCCGGCCGGAGCAGUCCGUCAUGCAGGCCCUGGAGAGCUUAACCGAAACUCAGGUCAGUGACUUCCUCUCGGGGCGCUCCCCGCUCACCCUGGCCCUGCGAGUGGGCGACCACAUGAUGUUCGUGCAGCUACAGUUGGCUGCCCAGCAGGCAGCGGCGGGCGCCCAGCUCCAGCACCGACAGCACCUCAUGGCGGGGCGCGGGGACCCGGGGGCCGCGGCCGGCGCCCCCUCCCCCUGCCGGCCCUCGAGCCUCGCCGCGGCCGCCCGUGUCCCCAUGCCUGCCUGCCCGCCCAGCCCCUCCGCGACCUCCAGCACGCCUGCCUACUUCAGCCCCGCCCACCCCUCGCCCGUCACGGCCGGCGUCUUCCGCUCCCACGGCGCCAGCGCACAAACGGUUACCGGCGGCACGGUGUCCUCCUGUUCUGAGGUGGAUUGUGCCUCUCAUAGCAGCAGCACCAGUCCCUCCUCCUCUUCCUCCUCCUUCUCUUCCGCCUCCUCUUCCUUGGGUUCCAGCUCCCCACCCAGCAGCAGCCCAGCCCCCAGCACGCGCUCCCGGAAACCUGGCGCCGUCAUCGAGAGCUUCGUGAACCACGCUCCAGGAGUAUUCUCAGGGACCUUCUCUGGCACACUGCACCCGAACUGCCAGGACAGCAGCGGCCGCCCGCGCCGGGACAUCGGCACCAUCCUGCAGAUCCUCAACGACCUCCUGAGCGCCACGCGGCACUACCAGGGCAUGCCCCAGUCGCUGGCCCAGCUCCGCUGCCAGACGCAGUGCUCGCCCCCCCCCGAGCUCGCCACCAAAGCUACCUCUUGUGAGAAGCUGACGUCCCCCCUGCACUCCGUGGUCCAGAGCCAGAUCCGGAUGUGCAAGCCCAGCGGUGACCGCCUGCGGCAGACAGAGAACCGGGCCACGCGGUGCAAGGUGGAGCGUCUGCAGCUGCUCCUGCAGCAGAAGCGCCUUCGGCGGAAGGCCCGGCGGGACGCCCGUGGCCCCUACCACUGGCUCUCGGGCCGGAAGGCGGGCCGGGCGGCCAGCAGCAGCAGCAGCGGCAGCAGCAGCGGGGCCAGCGACGCCGGCGGCCUGGACCUGGAUUUUGAGGACUCGCUCUGGAAGCCCGAGGUCAAGGCAGACCUCAAGUCGGAGUUCGUGGUGGCCUAAGGCCUUCCUGGCGGCGUCCCCCCAGCCCCAGGCCCCCCGUCUUUGCCCCGGCCCCCAGUAGUGUCCCCCUAAUUUCUCAGGGGCGGGGGGUGGGGAUGGGGGCCGAGGAGCCUCCCCUGGCCCGAGGCUCAGUCUCGGCGCCCCAGCCUCACCCCUGUCCCCACAGACUGGCUGGUCCUCCCGGCUAGCCCCCCCCAGCCCCGGGCCCCCGCCCCCCUCCACAUAUGUAGCAUUGUGCCAGAUGGUUUGAGUGAGCUAACAGACUCCACCAGCAGCCCGCCCGCCGCCCCUCGCCCCAUUCAGGUCCAAGUUGACAAUAGCUAACUGAACAGACUCAUAGUGCACUUUACAGAUUUGGGGAGGGGGCGGGGGGGCUUCCUCCCCGAGCUCCGGCCCCCACUCCAGGCCAGUGCAGCAGACAGGUCGAAACCAAGCCAAACAAAAAACGGCCCCCGCCGGCCGCGGCACCGGGGGCCGAUUCUGGCUCCCCGGGGGUCCUGCCGGUUGCUCCGCAGUUGGGAAUUUUUUGUUUCUUUUGGUUUUUAAGCCCUGGGCUGGAGCCUGGCCCUUGGGACUGACUCCCUUUUGGGGGAGAUUUUUAGUUCUCUUGAGCCCCUCCCCUUGAUACCUCCUCCCCCCCAGGGUACUGCCCACUUGGGGUGGCUGGGCUGGCCGCCGGGGAGCCUGGUCUUCCCGCCCUCUCCUCCCCGGGAGCGGAGAGGGAGGGAGGCCGGAGCGCCUCUUGCCCGCCCGCCCCCGCCUUCGUCCCCCCGCCGCCCCCCGUUUGCUGACCCCCCUGCCUGGGCUGGGGUAUUUAUAGAGUAAAUUGACUGUCUGACUGAGCCAGUUUCAGAUCUGAGAUCUGAGCCUCUCUCCACAGGCCCUGGGAGAGAACGGAGUGGGGAGGGAGGAGCGCUCCGCGGCCCCCUCCUCCUGCUCGCCUGAUCUGUGUGUUGGGGGGAGCUUGCUAUUUGCCCCUCCCCUGGGGGGGCAGGGGGACCAGCUGCCCAUGGGAGGAGGUGGCCUGGGGAGACACCCCUGACCCAAUUUGGGGAAGGGCAUGGCCUUGUAGCAUUAACCCCAUUGGGGGAGGGGACAGGCCCCUCCUGGCCUUGCCCCCCUUCCCCGCCCCCUCUGUUUCUUCCCCAGCCUGGCCAGGCCCCUGGCGCCCACUCGGAGCCCUCCCCCUCUUGAGCUCGCUGCUGCCGCCCUAGUGGCCACAUCCCCCGCCGGGGGACAAAUAGAUGCCAGGGCUGGGGGCACGGGUGGGGGGGCUUCUCUUCCCCCACACCCCCUUCCCCACGGGGCCAUUUCAAUGGAUUUUAUUUUAUUAAAUCACUUGUUUCUUUUUUUACGGAGAUGGACUGAGCUGUCUGGGCCCUGCCCCCUUCUGUCCUGCCCCAUCCCCUGCCCUCGAUUCUGCCAUCUGUGUCCCACCCCUCACCCCGUCAGUAGGGAAAGCCAGAACCUCACUGAUUGUGCCCUCCCAGCCUAGAGCCCCCUCCCCUGCCCUCGGUCUUGUGACUACACCUCAUGUCCAGAUGUGAACAUCCACGUGUUCCUGUAGCUUUGUAAUUAUUUUGGGGGGUGGGAUGGGGGGGACUCGAGGCUUAAUAUUUUUCCAAAGGGAGAAAAGUCAGAACUCGAGCUUUGUGGGGAGUUUUUUUCUUUUUUUAAGAUUUGGAUUUCUAUUUAAAUGUCCGGAGUUUGUUUUGUUUUGUUUUUGUUUGAGUUCCUUCGAUGCCUGCUUCACAAAUCUCCCUGUCCUGGCCAGGUGUACCCGGAGGGGGGCACAGGAGCAGGCACACACCACGCCGCCGGCCCGAGGGCCGAGGGCUCACAAGCAGAGCAUUAGUUCCCAGUGUUCCCCGGUGGGUCGGCGCAGCCUUUGGCCCCCACCGUCCUCCCCUCGCCCCUGCACUCCCUUUGUCCACGUUACCUGUGUGAGAACCAGACAGUGAGAGCAGAAAACCGCCCACCGUGAUUUUAAAAUAAUAAAACAGACCAUGAAACACAA